AUGCAAAGUGCUCCAGAUGACGACUACAAGUUAAUUUUCGUUUACCAGGAUCACCUCACAAAAUUCGUCUCGUUGGGGGCUCUGAAGACAAAAACGGCAAAAGAAGUAGUCGACAACAUCGUAUCGAUUUUUGGAACCUUUGGUGCUCCCCAAAUUCUUCAGACAGACAAUGGCAGAGAGUUUGCAAAUAAACUCUUGGAAGAAGCCGUCGCUCAAUGGCCUGGUCGCAAGAAUCCUUCACGGGAAACCGCGCCAUUCGCAGUCACAAAGAAGUGUAGAACGAGCAAACGCGGAUAUCGAGGAUAUCUUGAGCGUUCAUCAAAGAGAAACAAAAACUACCGGCGAUUACUAAGGAAGAAGUUGUCAGACGUUUCGUCAGACGACGACGAAAUCCAGCAAACAAGUGUCUACAAGGAGGAGGAGGAGGAGGAGAAAACGCUUCAGGAAGAUAAUUCUACUCGUUACGCCGAUCUACGACCUGUAAGCUUCAUGGGUUCAAUUGAGAGUGGCGUUGAGAAAUUUCCUGAAUUCGCAAAUCAGGGGAAUAAUGACGCCGACUUUCAACUUGGGAUUGUUGGCCCAGUGCUUGGUGUUCAAAAAGAUGAGGGGCAAGCGGAAAUCGAUUGUCUACACGAUUCGAUUAUGAUGGAAAGACAUGGAGCCCAUUCUGCUCAAAAGAAUCAGGCACGAAAGAUGCUUCACGCCAGUGAACAAAGAUUUGCACCAAUUGAUGUUGGACAAAAUGUUUUCAUGCCAAUUCCUUGUAUCGAUCGACCCAAGAUUGGACCACGAAAUUUGAAGGGAGUCGCCACAGCUGUAACCGAUGGUUUUUACUCAAUCGGGACACAAAAUGUGCGUCUUCGGCAAACAUUCACUAGGAAUCAACUGACUCCAUAUGGAGCUGAAUUCUUCUCGAUCAAUUCAAUUACGGACGGGGAGACAUCGUUGAGAACUGCUGUUGGGGCAGCAUCGAUCUCUGGGAGCCAAGGUCACACCCAUUGCUUGUGCCUGAGCGGAUGUACGACAAAU